GCUGUUGACCCUCAAAGAACCCCAUAACGAAGUAAUAAUAUGGGAGCAUCAGGCAGUAAAAUCGUCCGUCGUUCGCCAUCAUCUUGCCCUGGACCAAAUAACUUGCCACCACUGCAAUUCCAUCAUGUUCACGGUGAUAACAUUCGGAUAUCACGAGAUGGUACGAUAGCUCGUCGUUUCGAAAGUUUCUGUCGUGCCAUUACCUUCUCGGCUCGUCCGGUGCGCAUUAACGAACGAAUUUGCGUGAAAUUCUGUGAAAUCUCUAAUAAUUGGAAUGGUGGUAUACGUUUCGGUUUCACCAGCAAUGAUCCAGCCACAUUAGAGGGUACUCUGCCCAAAUAUGCCUGCCCCGACUUAACAAAUCGUCCUGGCUUCUGGGCCAAAGCUCUACAUGAACAAUACUGUGAAAAGGAUAAUGUCCUCUAUUACUAUGUCAAUUCAGCCGGUGAUGUUAUCUAUGGCAUUAAUAAUGAAGAAAAAGGAGUUAUAUUAUCAGGCAUUGAUACACGUGGUUGUUUGUGGACCAUCAUUGAUAUCUAUGGCAAUUGUACGGGUAUUGAAUUUUUAGAUGCCCGUGUUUAUAUGUAUCAGCAAAGUGGUGGUGUGGGUCUGCCUCCCUCAGUUUUGGCAGCCGGUAUGACUGGCACCUUGCCAGCCGGUUCUCAAAUGAGUGGUCUAAAUCCCCAUCAUCCCAAUCAGCAAUCUAGGAGAUCUCUGCCCUCUACCGCUGGUAGCUAUGAUCACGAUUUGGAACGCAGCAUAAUGCCUUCGAUGCAAUCAUUGAAUAUUGCCGGUGAUCAAGUGGCCAUUGCUUCGGAUCUGGCCAAUGGCUUACCUCCACUACGUUAUAAUGCCUCUGGCCGUCUGAUACCAGUACCCUUCCACAUCACCAAAGGCCGCAAUGUACGUUUGUCACAUGAUCGUUUUAUUGCUUCGCGAACAGAAAAUGAUUUCUGUCAAGGUUAUGUUUUUACUGCCCGUCCCAUAAGAAUAGGUGAGAAGAUAAUCGUACAAAUCCUGAAGACGGAACAAAUGUAUGUGGGUGCAUUGGCCUUGGGUUUGACAUCGUGCAAUCCAGCCGCCUUGCAACCCGGAGACUUGCCAAAUGAUUCCGAUUUCUUGUUGGAUCGUCCCGAAUAUUGGGUGGUGAGCAAAGAUAUUGCCGCCGCCCCCCAACGUGGCGAUGAGAUUGCCUUCUUUGUGGCACCCAAUGGUGAGGUAACCAUUAGCAAAAACAAUGGGCCAGCUGUGGUGGUGAUGCAUGUCGAUCAAUCUUUACAAUUGUGGGCCUUCCUCGAUGUCUAUGGUUCCACACAGUCGGUGCGUAUGUUCCGACAACAGCUGCCAAAUAUGGUGAAUUAUCCACCAAACGCAAUAGCGGGUUCCUCGCAACGCAUAGUCAAUAUACCCGUCUCGGAAUCAAUGAAUAGUCUGAAUAGUCAAAUAUCGGAAAAUCGUAAAAUUAUCCAUCCCUCGCAAUUGAAUGUGACACACGGUACGAUAAGUGCGUCCACCUCAACACUGGCCUCAAUGCAAUCGACAAACAAUUUAGCGGUGGGUCAGACCUCAGGUAUUCUGAAUGGCACUUGUUCCCCACCCAGUAAUGCUGCGACGGGACGUAUGAUUAGUAUGCCCUCGAAUGGUGAAAUGAUACAAAUUCAGCCCACCAAUGGUGGUGGUACUGUAUUGGUUGUGAAUUUACCACCUGCCACUUCAGCAUUGGAUUUGAAUGGUUUGGCGACGUCACAGGCUCGCCUAGCCGCAUCGGCAGCAACAACAACGAAUGGUGGAAAUUCAGCUACUUGUUCAAGUGGGGCCAGCAGUAAUUCAAAUGUAAAUACACUUGUUGGAAAUAUCAAUAAUGGACAAUUUAUUGAGACUAACACUGCCUCUUCAUUAAAUGUGGCUGCUGCCACAAACAACAAAUGGUCUAAGGACACCGUGGACAAUUCCGAUUCAGCUGGUGCUGAAUGUACAAUCUGCUAUGAAAAUCAAAUUGAUUCGGUACUCUAUAGCUGUGGUCAUAUGUGUAUGUGCUAUGAUUGCGCCAUUGAGCAAUGGCGUGGUGUUGGCGGUGGCCAAUGUCCACUGUGUCGGGCUGUUAUUCGCGAUGUUAUACGUACUUAUACUACAUAAAAAAAGAAAACAA